UCCUCUCCUCCAUAAUAAUAACAAAAUAAAAGCAAUCGAAAAAAAUAAAAAUAAUACGAAAAAGCCCCUCCCCUCUUCUCCCUCUGUGCGCUGUACACUCCGAACCGGCCCUCGACACUCGCCUCCACCGUCUCCUUCCCUCUUCAUCCCCGUCCCCAAUCUCCGAUUAGGGUUUCCGCGUAACGAAGAGAAAGUAGCUGCGGCGGCGGCGGCGGCGGCGGCGGCGGCGGCGGCGGCGGAGAAGGAGGAGGAGGAGGAGGGCGACUCCGCCAUGGACGGGGGCGGGAACUCGCUAGCUUCGGUUUGCCCCGACGGGUCGAAGCGGAAGGUGUGCUACUUCUACGACCCAGAGGUGGGGAACUACUACUACGGCCAAGGGCACCCCAUGAAACCCCACCGCAUCCGCAUGACCCACGCCCUCCUCGCCCACUACGGCCUCCUCCACAGCAUGCAGGUCUACAAGCCCAACCCCGCCCGCGACCGCGACCUCUGCCGCUUCCACUCCGACGACUACAUCGGCUUCCUCCGAUCCGUCACCCCGGAGACGCAGCAGGACCAGAUCCGUGCCCUAAAGCGCUUCAAUGUCGGCGAGGAUUGCCCCGUCUUCGACGGAUUGUACAGUUUUUGCCAGACCUAUGCGGGAGGAUCCGUCGGUGGCGCCGUGAAGCUCAACCAUGGCCAUGAUAUCGCCAUCAAUUGGGCCGGGGGGUUGCAUCAUGCGAAGAAGUGCGAGGCGUCGGGGUUUUGCUAUGUAAACGAUAUCGUCCUCGCCAUCCUCGAACUCCUCAAGCGCCACGAGCGAGUGCUAUAUGUGGACAUCGAUAUCCACCAUGGAGAUGGUGUUGAGGAGGCAUUCUAUACGACCGACAGAGUGAUGACAGUUUCCUUUCAUAAGUUUGGAGAUUACUUUCCUGGAACGGGUGAUAUACGUGACAUUGGAUAUGGGAAAGGAAAAUACUACUCCUUAAAUGUUCCAUUAGAUGAUGGAAUUGAUGACGAGAGUUAUCAGUCUCUCUUCAAGCCAAUCAUUGGAAAAGUUAUGGAAGUUUUCCGUCCUGGUGCCGUGGUACUUCAGUGCGGUGCUGAUUCUUUGUCAGGUGAUAGGUUGGGCUGUUUUAACCUAUCGAUUAGAGGCCAUGCGGAGUGCGUGAAAUAUAUGAAAUCUUUUAAUGUACCAUUAUUGCUUCUUGGUGGUGGUGGAUAUACUAUAAGAAAUGUUGCACGCUGUUGGUGUUAUGAGACAGCUGUUGCCCUCGGUGCAGAGCUUGAGGACAAGAUGCCUCAGCACGAAUAUUAUGAGUAUUUUGGUCCAGACUAUACUCUUCAUGUUGCACCAAGUAACAUGGAGAACAAGAAUACUCGCCAGCAGUUGGAUGAUAUUAGGUCAAAACUUCUUGAUAAUCUCUCAAAGCUUCGUCAUGCUCCUAGUGUCCAAUUUCAAGAACGCCCUCCUGAUACCGAGUUUCCUGAGCCUGAUGAAGAUCAAGAGGAUCCUGACGAAAGGCAUGAUCCAGAUUCUGAUAUGGAAAUGGAUGAUUCCAAGCCUUCAGAGGAGACAUUACGGAGAGCAUCAAACAGUAUUCAGAAUGUAAGAGUCAAGAGAGAGAACGCUGAAAAUGAGACUAAAGAUCAGGAAGCUCUUAAAGUAGCCAUGGAACAUUUCAAGGGUACAGAGCCCAUGGAGAUCGCAUCCUCUAAGCCUUCAGAACCCAGUUCAAUGGCAAUAGAUGAGCCGGCAAAUAUAAAGCUCGAACAGGAGAAUCCAAACAAGUUGCCGGAAUCCUCUGUUUCUAUGUUCCAGAAACCCUGAAUCAGGCACCAUGUAUGGGGAAUAUAAUAUUGUAGGGAUAAUACUGCGACAUGGUUUUUGAGAGCUAUGAGGUUGUACCAUCUGGAACUGUCAGUGAGUUUUAUUAGUAGCAACAACGAUUUAUCUUACAGCAUCAAACUUUGAACUCCCAAGCUCGAAAGUUUUCAGCCUGCAAUGUUGAGAUAAUAUCUGCAUGUAGCUUGUUCCUAGAGGAGUAUUUGCAUGUAGCUUGUGCCUAGAGGAGUAAUUGUAUAGCUAAUUGAUUAAACUUAAAUUGACUUUUGGAACUUAUUUGGACAUUUA